AUGAGCAAGGCAGGAGGAGGCGGAGCGGGAUCCGCGCUAGGUCGAGCGGCCAUGGGAUCAGCAGCGGCCGGCCUGGCCGUGCAGCGACAGCGAGCCUUGCAGCAGCGCGUGGACGCUGACAUCAUCAGCAUGGUGGAGAAUUUCACCAACAUGAUCAAAGCGGCCAAGGCAGGCUCAUCUUCCUUCUCCCAAAUAUCCCCCCACCUCUCCUCUCCCCCUUUCCCUCCCCCCUAUCUCUCCCCCCCCCCCCCCUCCAUCCCCCCCUUCCCUCCCUCUCCCCCUCCACAAUCCUUUCCCCUCCCCUGCGACGCUCUCCCCCGUGCGCCUCGUUUGUCUCCCCCUCAGAUCAACGAUCCUGUUCGCAACGCCCAAGAGGCGUACCAGAUUGAAGUGCACUCCGCCAAGCUGGUGGGUGAUGGUGGUGGUGGUGGUGGUGGUGGUGGUGGUGGUGGUGGUGGUGGUGGUGGUGGUGGUGGUGGUGGUGGUGGUGGUGGUGGUGGUGGUGGUGGUGGUGGUGGUGGUGGUGGUGGUGGUGGUGGUGGUGGUGGUGGUGGUGGUGGUGGUGGUGGUGGUGGUGGUGGUGGUGGUGGUGGUGGUGGUGGUGGUGGUGGUGGUGGUGGUGGUGGUGGUGGUGGUGAUGACUGGUGA